CAGCAACAAAGUCAAGUGCUUUUUUGUUUUGCUUGUUUUUACAUGAUUUCUACAUGUCCGCUUCAAAUGCUUCUUGAUCCUAUAUAAUAGUGCACUUCGUAAUACGAUCAUGUGACAGCUAAAUCUGACCCCCCCCCCCCCCAGGUGGCAGUUUAGUGUUAUGUAUUGUCGAGGACGGCUUGCGCAAGGAUGCACCCUGCAGUCGCGAGCCCGAGCAUGUUUCAGAUGGAUCCUGUGGGCGAUGGUUGGUUUCGAUUCUGCGCUACUGAAACUGUCUGGUUCCGUUCUGACGUCACGGCCGCGGCGGGCACGCGCACAGCAGCGAGGACCGCAGAGAGAGCAGCAGCACGCGAGCACUCCGUAUCUCCUCAUUACUGAACAAGUGAAAUCACUCUUUAAGAUGGACGGCUGCGCGCAGAUGUGCAAGUGUUUCCUGAUCAUCUUCAACAUUCUGUUCGCUCUGGUGGGCUUCGGUCUGGUGGCUCUGGGAAUGUGGCUCCGGUUCGGCGCAGAGACCCGAGGCUUCUUCGACAUCGAUCUGAACACGGCUCAGUUCAACAUCGGAGUGACCGUGCUGGUGGUCACCGGGGUCCUGAUGCUGCUGGUGGCCGUGAUCGGUGACUGCGGCGCCUGUAAUAACAGUAAAAGUGCUCUCGGCGUGUUUUCUGGCCUGCUGACCGUUCUGAUCAUUGUUGAAGUCGCAGCUGGUGUGAUGGCCUUCAUGUGGAGCGACCGGGUCUCAGAUGAGUUGGUGAACUUCUAUACCACCAUCUACGCUCAGUAUCUCAACACCAGGAGCCCAGGUCAAGCCGUCACCCUCAAAUUAUUCAACAACGCUUUCGACUGUUGUGGCAUCGGUGGAAAUAUUGAGCUGUUUGUGCGUGAAACCUGUCCAGACGGCAGCUUCCUGGAGAAGCUGAUGUAUUCCAGCUGUCCCGGUGUGAUCAAGGAAAUCUUCGAUGCUAAAGCUCCGCUGGUGCUGGGAGGGUUUCUGGGGACGGCAGGAAUCAUGCUGCUGGCGCUCGUCUGCAGCUGUGUGCUCUAUAAUAGCCUCAAGACGUCUUACUACUCUUCUCCAAACAUCUACUUGCGCGAGAGGAGCAGCGUAUUAGAGCAGCACUCAUCUGAUCUCUACAGUACUGCUCGAGGCAAGCUCGUUUAUUCCGUAGACAACGUGAAAUCACUCUUUAAGAUGGACGGCUGCGCGCAGAUCUGCAAAUGUUUCCUGAUCCUCUUCAACACUCUGUUCGCUCUGGUGGGCUUCGGUCUGGUGGCUCUGGGAAUGUGGCUCCGGUUCGGCGCAGAGACCCGAGGCUUCUUCGACAUCGAUCUGAACACCCCUGAGUUUAACAUCGGAGUGAUCGUGCUGGUGGUCACCGGGGUCCUGAUGCUGGUGAUGGCCGUGAUCGGUCACUGCGGCGCCUGUAAUAACAGCAGAUCAGCUCUCGGUGUGUCUUCAGGCCUGCUGUCCAUUCUGAUCAUCAUGCAAAUCGCAGCUGGUGUGAUGGCUUUUGUGCGGAGCGCCCAGGUGUCAGAUGAGUUGGUGUACUUCUAUGAUACCAUCUACGCUCAGUAUCUCAACACCAGGAGCCCCGCUCAAGCCAUCAUCCUUGAAUUAUUCCACAACACUUUCCACUGCUGUGGCGUCAGUGAAACGAUUGAGGUGUUUGUGCGUCACACCUGUCCAGGCGGCAGCUUCCUGAAGCAGAUCUCGUAUUCCAGCUGUCCCGGUGUGAUCAGGGAAGUCUUCAACACGAAAGCUCCGCUGGUGCUGGGAGGGUUUCUGGGGAUAGCAGGAGUCAUGAUGCUGGUGCUGGUGUGCAGCUGUGUCCUCCAAAGAUAUGUCUCAGUGUCUCACAAGUCUCCUCCUCCAUACAUACUCCUCGGCUCCACGCUGUCAUCCGUCAAGAUGAUAUAACUCAAGUGUGCUUCAUUAGCAUGACAAAAACUAUGCAGUUGUAUUGCCAAAGCAAUAAAUAAAUAAACCUC